AUGGUUCGGCCACCUCCGGCCACCGUCGACCUCGCCGAAGCUCCGCCUCGCCCUCAGCCGCUCUUGGCCGCCUCAACCAGCCCCGAAUCUGCCCCGACCAGCAGCGAUCAGAGGGUUGCAGAAAAUGGUGGAAUCGAGGCCAAGGUGAUUAUGCAUACCGACUCAGAGACACUUGCCUCGCUUCGUAAAAACAGCAAAGGCAAGCGAGUCGCUACCCCUAAUACUAGAGAUGAGCCUCAAGCUUCUCGAGGGGCAGCUUUAAGGAGGAGACUAGAGAACCGAUUUGAUGGGAGUCAUGAUUUGGAUGAAGCUAGGGAAGAGCCUCAAGAGCCGGUUCCUCCGAUUGAGUUCACGCAGGCGAUGAUUCACUGGUACCGUCAAGCGAAAGAAUUAAGUGAAGGUGGAGUAGCUGGCUCAUGCACCUUCGCCCAAUUCAGAAAGGCGGAUCCACCUAAGUUUGAUGGGAAGUUGGAUCCUCUCAAGGCUGAUGAUUGGAUUAGAAGCAUGGAGGGGGUUUUUAGAGCUGAGAAUGUUCGUGAUGAUCAAAAGGUCAACUUUGCCACUCGAUGCUUAGAAGGUGAAGCUAUUAGCUGGUGGGAAGGAACUAGACCGGCUCUCGGAGAUAAUGAUGCGAUCAUUUCAUGGAAGGACUUCACUGAGGCUUUUAACGCUCAAUUCUUUCCAGAAUCUUUUCAAGCGAAGAUGAGAAGCGACUUUGUCAAUAUAUCUCAAGGUAGCUUAACAGUUAUGGAGUAUGCGACCCGCUUUAAUCGGUUAAGUAAAUUUGAGGAUGGUUUUGCGGCCAAUGAAAGGCGUAAGGGUGAACACUUUCGGCGUGGGCUCCGACCUGAUAUUCGUACUAUACUCGUACCAUUUGAACUAACAACGUACAAAGAUGUUUUGAAUCAAGCAAUUAGGGUCGAGCAAGACAUUUUGGAGCGUGGCACGCAAGGAGCACCUCAACACAAGAGAUUUAAGCCCACCAAUUUCCAGAACAAUCGUACUAGUGAUAGCGGGAAGCAAAGAGAUUUCAAUCGGCUAGAUAGGUCUCGGAAUCAAAGUGGUCAAAGCCCUUGUGCUACUUGUGGAAAGCUUCAUGGCGGUCAUUGUUAUUGUAAAUUAGGAGCAUGUUUUGUUUGCGGAAAAAUGGAUCACAUGGCACGUGAUUGCCCCACGAAGAGGAAUAAUCCUACGGAUGGUAGGAUAUGUUAUAUGUGUGGACAACCAGGACACAUCGCACGCAGUUGUUCUAUACGGAGGAAUGCUCCUUCCAUUGGUAGGCCCCAAGGGAACCCACAAAAACAAAAUGCAAGUGGGAAAGUUUUUGCGAUGACGAAGGAAGAUGCGGAGGCGUCUAACGCAGUUGUUGCAGGUGAUAUUUCCAUUACCUCACAACGUGCUUAUGCGUUAUUUGAUUCUGGUGCUACGCAUUCAUUCAUUUCAACUGAAUUUGCAAAGAAGCUUGAUGUGUUACCUGAACCUCUUGAGUGUAAAUUGCAUGUUGAUACUCCUACUGGUGAUUUCUUAAUUGCUCAUAAUGUGUUCAAAAGAUGUAUGCUUCGGAUUAAUAAUGUUGAAAUGCCUGUGGAUCUAGUAGAGUUAAAUAUUCGAGACUUUGAUGUUAUUAUAGGGAUGGAUUGGUUAUCUACAUAUCGUGCUAUUGUUGACUGUUUUUCAAAGAAAGUGAUCUUUAGACUUCCAAAUCAACUCGAAUUCUCUUUUUCGGGAGGUUGUCAAGACACUUUUCCAAUGUUGAUCUCAGCUUUACAAGCGAAGAAACUUUUGAGAAAAGGUUGUUAUGGUUAUUUAGCUUGUGUAAAAGACACAAGUAAUGUUAUAGGGAAGUUGGAGAAUAUUCCUGUUGUUAGAGACUUUCCAAAUGUGUUUCUUGAAGAUUUACCAGGUUUGCCUCCUGAUAGAGAAAUGGAGUUUUGUAUUGAAUUGAUGCCCGGUUCAACACCAAUCUCUAAGGCACCAUAUCGGAUGGCACCCGCUGAAUUAAAAGAAUUGAAAACGCAACUGCAAGAUCUUUUGGAUAAGGGUUUCAUCAGACCCAGUGUUUCGCCUUGGGGAGCUCUUGUUCUAUUUGUGAAAAAGAAAGAUGGUAGUAUGCGACUUUGCAUAGAUUACCGAGAGCUUAAUAAGGUAACGGUCAAAAACAAAUAUCCUUUGCCUCGGAUUGAUGAUUUAUUUGAUCAACUUCAGGGAGCUCAGAUAUUCUCCAAGAUCGACCUUCGUUCUGGGUAUCAUCAGUUGAAGAUAAAAAUAGAUGAUGUGCCUAAAACUGCUUUCAGAAUAAGGUAUGGCCAUUAUGAAUUUCUUGUCAUGCCUUUUGGAUUAACAAAUGCGCCUGCUGCCUUCAUGGACUUGAUGAACAGAACUUUGUAUGAAAAGAAGUUGUAUGUCAAAUUUAGUAAGUGUGAUUUCUGGCUUGAUCAUAUAGAAUUCUUGGGUCAUGUGAUCUCGAAGGAUGGCAUAUUAGUGGAUCCAAAGAAAGUUGAAGCAGUUGUUAAGUGGAAUCGCCCAACUAAUGUUACAGAAGUGAGAAGUUUCCUUGGGCUAGCUGGCUACUAUAGGCGAUUUGUAGAGGGAUUCUCAAAGAUUACUGAUCCACUUACCCGUCUAACUCAGAAGAGAGUUAAAUUUGCAUGGUCAGACCAAUGUGAGUGCAGUUUUCAAGAGUUAAAGAGACGGCUGGUAACGGCUCCUAUUCUAACUUUACCUUCAGGAAGUGGCGGCUUCGUAAUCUACUGCGACGCAUCCAAAGAAGGUUUGGGUUGUGUUCUUAUGCAAGAUGGCAAAGUUGUUGCCUACGCUUCUAGAAAAUUGAAAUUACAUGAGAAGAACUACCCCACUCAUGAUUUGGAGUUAGCAGUAGUUGUAUUUGCCUUGAAGAUAUGGCUGCACUAUUUGUAUGGUGAAAAAUGUGAAGUCUUUACCGAUCACAAGAGUCUAAAAUAUAUCUUUACUCAGAAAGAACUAAACAUGAGGCAAAGAAGAUGGCUAGAGCUUUUGAAGGAUUAUGACUUGUCCAUUAAUUACCAUCCGGGUAAGGCUAAUGUGGUAGCGGAUGCUUUGAGUCAUAAAUCUUUUGGAAAUAUGGCAACUUUGCUCACUUCUCAGAAACCCAUCCUUGAAGAUAUGCGGAAAUUAGACUUGGAAGUAUUGGUACAUCAGCUUGGUGCUCAGUUAGCUAACCUUCAAGUACAACCUAUGUUGAUUGACAGAAUUAAGGCUAAACAGAAUGAAGAUCCACAAUUACAAAAAUUUAGAGAAGGUGUGGAAGCUGGAAGACAAGCGGAUUUCAGUUUACACGUAGAUGGAUCCUUGAGGUUUCGUGGUUGA